AUGAAGUCAUUCUUGUUCCUAAUUCCCCUUGUCCACGCUGGGGAAGUCGUCUGGGACGGCUUCUUCAACUCCUCCUUCACUGUCGAUCAGCUCGACCAAUGGUCUUGGUCUAACCAAGUCGGCCCUUACCAAUGGUAUAUCCACGGUUCGGAGGCUACCACGAACUACCUUGAAGUCAGCGCCGACUUCAAGAACCCGGCCGACAAGAGCGAUGAGAAGGGCAUCCGCAUCAGCAUUGACGAUACCUCGUCCUGGAAUGGCCAAACCAUGAUGCGCUCUGAGCUCAUCCCUCAGACCGACGCCGAUCUGGGCUCUGGAACCCUGUUCUACCAUUUCUCCCUGCAAACCAAGGAGGAAAAUGCCCCCAAUGUGGCUCUUGAGCAUCAAAUUGCUUUCUUCGAGAGCCACUUCACUGAGCUCAAGUACGGCGGUGACGAGAAGACUCUCCGCUGGCUGACUGACGGCAAGUCGCAGUGGUCCACUGAUCUCGUGGCUGGCACAUGGUACAACUUCGCCUACGAGAUUGACUUCUCGGCGAAGACAGUUGGUCUUUGGACCUCGACCGGAGCGGAGGCCUUGGCGAAGGUUGUGGAGCCUGUCAGUGCGGCCACGCAGACCGAUUCGAAGGAUUGGCACGUUGGUGAGCUGCGUCUGGAUAACGGACAGAAGGGAGGCAAGGAGGAUUGGUUCUGGUCCGGUGUCUACAUCGAGAAGGGCGAGAUCACCACGGCCAUUGCUGGCCCCGCUGCUUAA